AGAACAGACUGCUCAGUCAGAGCAGAGCCAGCACCACGGACAUUACAGGCUGUUAACAGUGUUUGUGCAAUUUUUCUGUCUCUCUACCAAAAAAAAAAAAAACUUGUCACUGCCUUCUGGACUACCAUUUCUUCAUUCCUUAAAUCAGGAGUAGAGCAAUUUUAAAGGAAUAUUAUUUUUUUCUAUCCCCUCUUACUGCUAGCUUUAGCUCUUUGUGCUUCAGUAGCCGCAGGAAGGCAGCAUCGGUCCCAGAAGAUAAAGGAGAGGCAGAGUGGAGAGGAAGAGAAAGCCAUAGCUAGAGAGAGACGGAUGUUCAUGGAGGAUGAGUCCGGCUUUAGAAGCUCUGAUGGAGGGGUGUAGAUACCCAGGGAAAGGGCCACUGAAGGGAGGAGUGAUGCUGGAACCAUUUGUCCAUCAGGUUGGAGGCCAUUCAUGUGUGUUACGUUUUGGGGAACAGACCAUUUGCAAGCCGUUGAUCCCCCGGGAACACCAGUUCUACAAGAGCCUUCCACCCGAGAUCCGCAGAUUCACACCUCAGUACAAAGGGGUGGUGUCAGUGAGUUUUGAGGAGGAUGAGGAGGGGAACCUGUGUUUGAUAGCUUAUCCCCUACACAGUGAUCCAUCUGAUAUAGAGAAUAAGGAACCCUUAGCUGAUGGAGAACCCAAAAACAAGCUUCUGAAGUGGAAUAAGAAAAAGCCAUCUACCCUUCUGGAAAAUGAGAGAAGUAGACAGAGCCGCAAAGAGGAGAAGAGCAAGAGUAAUCGUGAGGAUAAGGCAGAGGUGUUGUACUACAGCCUGGAGAAAGGAAAUGUCGUGCCUCAGAUUAAACAUAACCCAUGGAGUCUGCAGUGCCACCAGCAGCAUCUCCAGAGAAUGAAGGAGAACUCCAAACACAGAAACCAGCACAAGUUCAUUCUGUUGGAGAACCUCACAUGGAGAUAUCGGGUUCCCUGCGUUUUAGACCUGAAAAUGGGAACCCGGCAGCAUGGUGAUGAUGCCACUGAAGAGAAGAAAGCCAAUCAAAUCCGCAAAUGCCAACAAAGCACAUCCUCCUCAAUAGGAGUCCGUCUCUGUGGGAUGCAGGUAUAUCACAGUGUGACAGGACAGCUGAUUUUCAUGAAUAAGUACCAUGGACGCAAGCUGAGUCUGGCUGGCUUUAAAGAAGCUCUGUGCCAGUUCUUCAGUGAUGGACGGGUCCUGCGUAAAGAGCUCCUCUCUCCAGUUCUCCAGAGGCUCAAAGAGAUGCGAGCAGUCCUGGAAGCCUGUGAGAGCUAUCGCUUUUUUUCUUCUUCUCUUUUAAUCAUUUAUGACGGAGCACCACCCCCAGCCUCUGCUAGGCCUCGCCCCUCUCGGGGAGGAGAAGAGGAAGAUGAGGAGGAUGAUGAAGAUGAAGAUGAUGAGGAAGAAGGAGCAUACGGUGGGCGCUCGCAGAGGCGAGAUAGUUCAGGGUCAGGCUCACCGCUUGUGGAUGUGAGAAUGAUCGAUUUUGCUCACACGACCUGUCGUGAUUACGGAGAAGAUGUCGUUGUUCAUGAAGGUGGAGACAGCGGCUACAUCUUUGGCCUUCAGAACCUCAUCAGCAUUCUGUCCCAGCUCGAGGAGCACAGCAACGAUUAAGCACACACAGGUGUUUCUGUUACUACACCAACGGCCAUGCCAGGCUUACUGUGGAUGCCCUGAUGAUGAUAGCAGGGUUGAAGGCUCCAUUGCAAUGCAAGGAGGAAAGGCCACAGGGUCAAGGAUCAAGGGUCAAUCCUCAGGUCCCUCAGGAGUUGAUGGGACUGGACUUCAUACACAUCUGUUUGUUUUGAGAUGUAUCUCAAUGAAAGAGUGUGGUCCCCCUCUCCUCCAGCCAUUUUCCACUCUCUAUGUGGUGGAGGGACGGCAGUAGCCCCAUGUCUGGGCUCUUUCUUCCUGCUGUGUUUUCAUUCGUUCUCUCACUCUCUCUGUCUUUUUCUGAAAGAGACGAGAACUGAGUAGGUUUAUGAAUUCUGUAGGAGAGACGCUUCAGGGGAACUGACAAUCCAAUUGUUCAGUUCUCACGUAUGUAUGUGCUUUGAUGGCACGUGAGUUUGUUGCAACCGUCAAAGACAUUUUCACCUUGGUAGCACAAAAAUAAUUAGAUAAGCCAUUAUGAUGCUUAAUAAAGAAUACAUAGACAUUAAGGUGCUUUAUAAAUGUAACAAGACCAAGAGAAAUAAAUACAUAAGGGAAGAAACUCAUACUGAGUUCAUGAAGGGAAUGAGAGAUUUCUGAGUAUGAAGAUUGCAUGGACAACGUUUUGUGAUGAGCCUUUUGAGACUGAUUUCACUGUUUGGACACUUUUGGUUGUUUUUUUCUUCUUCAUUCCAGUUAUGUUCAUUAGAUGUGAAAAUAGAUACUAUAAAGAGAGCUUUAUUUAUUGAUUAGCCUAUUUCUACAAAACAUGAAAAGGUGAACCUGAGUGGAUUAUAUGACAUUCCAUCAUACUGUACUGUUAUGUUAUUUAUAAGAACCAAUCCUUAUGUCAUGGUUUUCACUGUUUGUUCUGUGUUCAACACUCUAACACAAAAUAAAGAGAAUUAUGCUUUGGUUGUGAUAAACUAU